UACCGGAAGUGAAGCGCUUACAGCUGCCGGAAAUGUCUCUUUGACUGAUGAACUUCUCAUUUUUGAAAACAAUACCGAACGAUUAGGCGAUCAAUACUACGAUACUUCGUUGUCGGGUGAAGGAUGCUGCUUUUCUCUUGGACCUUAAAACAUAUAUAAGGUGAUGGUUGUAUUGGGUCGACAGAGGGACGGCUAGGUUUUCAAUAUGGAUCGUUAACUAUCAGUUUGUAUUAGAAUUGACUAGACCAUUUUGGACGAGCUUUGUUUUCAAUGUUUUGAAUACGUCCGUGGGUAUUUUAACACCGUUUCAAAGCUGCUGUCUAAAGUGUUUUUUCGACCUCACCAAAUUAUGAGAAAGCAUAUACGAUAUCGUGUUUUCAUGGUCGUUAUUAUCCUAUUUUCAUGGGCUAUAUUCUUUUAUUCUUGGCUGUAUAAUGCAAGUUGUAACUUGGAAGAAGAAACAACAAUUGUAGAAGAUAAGAGAUCACCAAAGGUUCAUGAACUUGAUUCCAGGUUGAAGUCAGCAGGCAAAAAGAUUGAAAGUUUAGAGAAAGAGAUCUAUAAAUUAAGAAAACAGAUCAGUAGACAAGAAAUGGGGUCAUCCAGAGCAUGUGACUCUAACAAGACAGAGUUGACAAGUGAAUGUCAGACUUUACAUAUCGCUGUUGUUUGUUCUGGCCAUUCCACAAGUCGACAAGUUGUCAUAUUAAUCAAAUCUAUCUUGUUUUAUCGUCGAAAUCCUCUUCAUUUUCAUUUUAUCUCAGACAAAGUUGCAAUAACUAUACUCACAACUUUAUUUCAAUCUUGGAAUAUACCUUUAGUCAAUAUUUCAUUCUACUCUGCUGAUACAAUGAUGCCUGAAGUAUCCUGGAUUCCCAAUAAACAUUAUUCUGGUGUCUAUGGUCUGCUGAAGUUAACUUUAACCAAGCUUUUGCCUAAGAAUAUUGAUAGGAUGGCUGUGUUGGAUUCAGACAUUAUCUUUGCGUCAGAUAUUGCAGAACUUUGGGAACUUUUUUCAGAACAAUCUGCCAAACAGUGCAUUAGUCUGGUUGAAAAUCAAAGCAAUUGGUACUUAGGAAUAUUAUGGAAAAACCAUAAACCAUGGCCGGCCUUGGGUCGUGGAUUUAAUACUGGAGUUAUGUUGCUGGAUCUCAAAAAGCUCCGAGAGAUUAACUGGAUGUCGAUCUGGCGUUUGACUGCUGAACAAGAGUUGAGCACCUAUUUGGCAACUUCAUUGGCAGACCAGGAUAUAUUCAACGCUGUGAUCAAGAAACAUCCGCACCUCGUGCAAAAGUUACCUUGUGGUUGGAACAUUCAGCUCAGUGAUAAUAUGCGCAGUGAGUCAAUAGAAAAUUGUUAUGCCGAAGUGUCCAAUCUUAAGAUUAUCCAUUGGAAUUCGCCAAAGAAAUUAAAGGUGAAAAACUCUCAUGCAGAGUUUUUACGAAAUCAUUAUCUCACCUUCUUAGAGUACGACGGAGAUUUGUUAAGAGGAAGAUUGUUCAGUUGUAUGGAAACUGACGAAGCCCGGUCAUCUGUGCUUAAGAGUCUUGAUGAGGACGAUCCGUGUUAUGAUGUUCGCCGUGAACGACUGUUGACUCGUAGAACUCAUUUAUACUACUUGAAAUACGACUUCGUUAAGCACGACAAAUACGAUGUCACAUUAGUUGCACAACUUUCAAUGGACAGAUUACAAAUGAUUGAAGCUAUUUGCAAACAAUGGAAAGGUCCUAUAAGUUUUGCCUUGUAUCUGUCUGACUCCGAGGCGAGACAGUUCACUGAUUAUGCCCAGUUUUCAAAUAUUUUGAAGAAAAGAAAGAACGUUGCUUAUCAUCUCGUGUUUAAGGACGGCACAUUUUAUCCUGUCAACUUUCUACGCAAUAUCGCCUUGACCAACGCCAGAACGCCUUAUGUUUUCUUGAGUGAUAUCGAUUUUAUUCCCCCUGACAGUCUGUAUGAUUAUCUCAGGCAAAUCAUUCGUAACACAGAUAUGACGAAAAAGGCUUUGGUCGUACCGGCGUUUGAGACACUUCGCUACAAACUUUCUAUACCAAAAACAAAAGCAGAACUGCUCUCAAAAUUGGACGAGGGUUUGUUAUACACAUUCAGAUAUCAUGUUUGGCCUAAGGGUCAUGCACCAACCAAUUAUGCAAAAUGGAGGACCGCUAUUAAACCAUACAAGGUGCAAUGGGAAGACGAUUUUGAACCGUACAUUGUUGUCAGAAGGGACAUUCCACAAUAUGACACAAGAUUCGUAGGAUUUGGUUGGAAUAAAGUCUCACACAUCAUGGAAUUGGCUGUUCAAGAUUUUGAAUUUGAAGUUCUUCCUAAUGCAUUCAUCGUUCACAUGCCGCAUGGUCCUUCAUUUGACAUUGCAAGACAUAGAAAUACCGAGCAAUAUCGAAGGUGUAUGAAAAUCCUGAAAGAGGAGUUUAUGGGUGAGCUGAAAGCCAAAUAUGGAGCUCAAAAAGUCGAGCAAGUAACCAUGGAUUGAAGAACUGGAUAACCAAAUCAGAAAUUAGGAAACAGUUUUCUCGCUAUGAAAUGAACAUUUUAUGGGACAAAGAAGUUUCCCGUGCGCAAAUGAAAGCUCCGCAGUAUCAUUGUUGGUUUCCCGUGUUGAAGCGAACGCUUCACGUGGCAAAAGAGUGUUGUGUGGUAGAAUAUGUCAUAAUAAUAUUUACUCUGCUGGCAAAUCAACUAUUUAUAAGGCGACACAUUGGAAAAUUGCUGUAAAUAUUGAAUAAAAAUAUUUAAACUUGCCGACAGGCAUCAUUAAGAUGUGGAGAUUAUGAAAUCCCCUGUUUUCAAAUUUUUAUUGUAAAUAUUCUAAAUACAAAAUUUAAAAAUAUUUAAAAGAUAUUUAA